AUGUCAAAAAUUCCAGCCAACAUUGAAGAGCUUCGAAGAUUGAAGAAGCUUAAGAAAGCAGAACAGAAACUGAAAAGCACACAGGGACAACAAAAACACACACAGCAGGUAGAGCCAAAAGUCCUUCGACGUGAAUUCGUUGAUGUACCUACGAAGCUUGAGCCGGAGUCUCACAAAAGAUCACGGAAGAUCUGCGUCAUGACGUUCAAUGUGCUGGCACAACUGUUAAUCAAAAGAGAACUAUUUUCAGACAAAGAGAAUGUUAUUAAAUGGAAACCUCGGCGAAAAAUGAUCAUCGAUGAAAUCCGUCUAUACAGUCCUGAUAUUCUUGCACUUCAAGAGUUGGACAACUAUGACACUUUUUACCAACAAGAGCUGAUUCAGAUGGGAUACAACGUGGAAUACUGUCAUCACCCCACAAAAAAACAUGGAUGCGCCAUAGCCUUCAAGGAACACGUAUUCAAGAUGGUAGAUUACGAAACAAUUGACUACGGAACGGACCAUCUAUCUUUACCGUCAUACGGAACAGGAAAUAUCGCCCAGCUCAUUGCACUACAAUACAAGAAUGACCCGAUUGGGUUCAUUGUAGGCAAUACACAUUUAUAUUGGAGGCCGAUCGCUGGAUAUGAACGAGCAAGGCAAUCCAUUAUUUAUUCCAACACAUUAUUGGAGUUUUAUGAUCGGAUAAGUAACGAUAGCAGCAACGUGAAUAAAGAUAGGAAGUGGAUACCUUUCUUAUUUGGCGAUUUCAAUACGACACCGGACGAACCAGCUCAUGCCAUUUUACUCAACCGUCAGCUUACGGAGGAACAAUAUAAAGAACUCCAGGAAUCCUACAGCGCUAUACCAGAGGACAUAGACAAGACAAAGCUUGAUUCGAUAGAUGUCUUGCUAGAGAAGUACAGGCCUAUGGCAUGGAAAAGUAUGUAUAACAGUUCGCAUGGCGCGUUGAGCCUGGCUGAUGAAGGACUGAAUGGUGAACCCAAAUAUACAAAUUAUGCACCUGUCUAUAAAGGGUGUCUUGAUUAUCUGUUUUACGACAUGGCAUCGGAUAUAAUCAUCCAAAGUAUCCUGUCUUUACCAAAAGAAGAGUCGCUCCAACCUUCUCUUCCUAAUAAAAACUUUGGCAGCGAUCAUUUGUGUUUGACUGCAAUGAUUGAAUUUUAA